AUGUCGCCAGGGCACGGGGGCCGCAGCCACGGUCAUGGCCGCCACGACGAUGACGACGACGCAGAGUGGAUGCAACUGCUGAGGCCCAGCGAGUUUCGCGAGGUGCUCGAGAUCGACCGGGCCCGCCAGGACGUCGAGCGUCAGAUCAUACACUCAAACCAGGCCAAGCUUGCGGGCAGAUCGGAGGCGGAGAGGAGGGAAUGGACUACGAGUGGCUACGGAAUGGCAGGGGUCGGCGCCUCCGCCGCCCGCCGCCGACAAGAUGACCACGUGGAGGCCAAGACGAUUGUGAAACUCCUCCCCGGUCCUGGAGAUGGAGAAAAGUUGGCCCAGCUCCCGUCGCAGAAGACACUGGACUUGGUUGUUGGCUUCCUGUCGGGACCUCUGUUCGGCGCAGUGACGAUGCUGGUAACCAUCGGCUCCGUCGGCAUGUACCUGUACGAGACCACCUUCGACGAGCGAGACGACGGUACGGGCGGGGGCGGCUGGUACAAGACCGGGCACGACUACCCCUUCUGGUUUCUCAUCGUCGAGGUUUUCCUCAUGGCCUUCUUUACGGUGGAGCUGGGUCUGAGGGCGGUGAUGGCUGAUCACGACCGCAGCUUUUGGCUGUCGACGGAGACGGUGGUAGACAUUAUGUCGGUGGUGCCGUCGGUGCUGUUCGUGGCGUUCGACCUGCGGCUAUGGGGGUUCCUGAGGUUCCUGAGGCUGGUUCGCUGGGCCGACGUCGUGACCAUCUUCAACGGUCGUAGGAGGAACCGGACUCACGAAAUGGCGGACAAGAAUGCCGCAACUUCAGAUGAAACGGCGGAAGGCGUGCUAGCACGAAAACGCGAGUCUUUGACGUCAGGCCUCAAGCUGUUGGCGUUCGUGGGCCGGUACGUUCUCGUGUACGCCGGGUGUGUGUUUCUACUCAGCAGGGCGGAAGGCGGCAUCGAGGAUAUCUCCGAAGCAGACCCCGAAGAGGCGAUUGAUUUUACCUCAGCCCUGUACAUGGCGGCCACCAUGCUGUCGACGGUGGGAGAAGGGGUAUACGGACCCGUUCCCAUGUCCCGGGGUGCGCGCUUGGCAUCCGCUAUCGCCGUGCUGGUGUUCGUGCCCCUCGCUGCCAUCCGGGUGGCCGACGUGAUCAAGAACUCGAGCACCGCGCGCACCCCGGCCCGUGCCGUGUCCCUGCCUUCCUCCGUGCGCGAGAGGCAUGUGGUGAUGUGCGGAUCCGUCAACGCCACGAACCUAAAGGCCAGGCUCCAGGAGAUGUUCCACCUGGACCACGGGAACCACAACAUCCGCUGGGUUAGGGUGGUGGUGAUGUCUCCGAAGCCUCCAGGCCCUCGCAUAGAUGCCCUCCUGGAGCACCCACGCUACCGCGGCCGGGUCACCUACCUUCAGGGCUCUCCCCUGCACGACGAUAGCCUGCUGAAAGCCCGCGUGGACGACGCUUCCGCCGUCAUGGUUCUUGCAGACAAAGCCCCCCCGAGCUCGCACGCGGAGGACAUGGGAUUGUCCCUGCAAGCGAUUUCGGUCAUGACUCACGUCGAGCUUGACCGCAGGCAGGGGUGCGGCCCGAGGCUGCUGGUGGAGCUGGUCGACCCUAACGCCGCGCUGCACCUUCAGGCUGCCGGCAUCAAGCAUGUGGUGAGCAGCGCGCAGGUGAAGCUCAGCGUGCUGGCGCAGUCGUGCCUCUGCCCUGGGUGGGCCGCGGUUGUGGCCAACCUGCUGGAGUCUAGGGCCGCGCUCCCGGCGGAGGUUCUUCAGCAAGGGUCCUGGCUGGCCGAGUACUACGUCGGGGCGAAGAAGACCUUCUACAGCGUCGAGUUCUCUCCGGCAUUCACCGGGGUUCUUUUCGGGGAUGCCGUCGUGCACAUCUUCGAGUACUUCGAGCUGAUUCUGGUGGCAGUGGAGACGAAGCGCCAUGGACAGGCCGGGCUGGACGGCGAGUACAACGUGGUCGUUAACCCCGGCGGGGACUACCGCAUCAGCAAGGGUGACCGGGGCUUCCUGCUCGCCGAAUCGCAGGCUGAUGCGCGGGUGAUCUGGGACUACAUGGCGGAGGACGGGAUGGGCGGUGCUAUCGACGAGGGUACCGGCCGCCUCAAGGAGCGCUUCAGCAGCCCCGAGGAAGAGGAGGCCCUUGCGAUGGAAACGCUCGGCACCGCGGGGGUAGCCGGCAUGGGCCCCGAGACAUUUGUGGACAGCAUGGUGUUCAGCCGAACUCUACUGCACUGCCAGAAGAAACUUCCCGAUGGACACUCCCCCGACACCGGACUGCUGCUGGAGUGGGCCAGGCAGUUCCAGGCGUCGAACGGCAUGAGCGACAAGAAGGUGGUGAGGAAAGUGCUCGCGUCCGCGGGGCUCGAGCCGCCCGUCGCCACGACUCCGGGGUCGAGAGGAUACGACGCCCUCGCCGCCGCCGUGCCCACCAGCAGAACCGCCACUAGCAAGAUCUUCGCGUCCGCUCUCGCCAAGAAGCCCAGCAACCAUCAAUGGGGCAAGCAAGAGAUGCUGGCUCGCCCCGGCGGAAGUGUCGCGGGUGAUGCUGCUGCUACCCUGGACCCUUUCGGCAGGCGGCUUCGGAAGGCCGGAGCCCGCGGGGGUCCGGGCGCCCGCGAGAGGUUCUUGUCGGACGUCAUCGACGAGGAGGAUUUGAGCCUCGUCAGCCCCUUGCUUGGUCGAGACGAAGGAGGAGAUAGAGGUGGAGCCGGAAGAGCCGGUAGAGGUGAAGGCGACGGAGCUGGCAGAGAUAAGGGUGUUGUCGGUGGAGAUGAAAGCAAAGCUGGAGGAGGCGACGGAGAUGAAGGGGGGGGGCGAGGGGGGGGUGGAGACGGAGAUGAAGGCCAAGCCGGCGGAGUUCAUGGAAACGAACGUGGCGACGGCAAAGCUGAUGGAGGUGAAGUUGUAGUCGGUGGAGAUGAAGGCACACCUGGUGGAGGUGAUGCGAAUGAAGGAGGAGCCGGAGGUAAAGGUGGAGCCGGCGGAGCUGAACGAAAAGCUCGUGGAGAUGAACGUGGAAUCAGUGGAGACGAAGUCUUAGCCGGCGGAAGUGAUGGAGAUGAAGGAACAAUCGGUGGAGAGGAAGGUGGAGCCGGUGGAGAUGAAGGAAGAGCCCGUGGAGAUAAACGUGGAAUCGGUGGAGAUGAAAGUCGACCCGGCGGAGAUGAAGGUGGAGCCGCGAGAGCCGGUGAAGAUGCAGAUAGAGCCGGUGAAGCCAGUGAAGCCAAAGGUGGAGCCGGUAGAGAUGAAGGGGAAACCGGUGGAGGCAGUGAAGGUGGAGCCGGUGGCGCCGGCGAUGCAGGGUCUGCGUUUGGCGGUUUCGCAGUCGGCGUGGACCCUGCCAAGCCCGCCGAGCUCACGGAGUACGCGCCCGUUCCUCAACCCCUCGAGGUGUCUGUUGACUGCCUCAGCAGGGCGUCGUCUGCUGGUUGUUCUUCUGCUCUGUCCGAUCCCGCGGUACCCGGCGAGGAAGUGGGAGAGGAAAGGGGGAACGGGAGGGAUGGCACGGAAGUGUUCGGCAACAAUGGAAAUCAUGUUGUCGGGGAUAGCUCGGCGAUUGACUCUACCCGGGAUGCGGAAGGAGCAACAACUGCAGCUAGCAGAGCAGCACCCUGCAUUGAAAUUCCGUCAUCUACCAGCUUAGAGCAGCAGCGGCAAGAACAACAAGGGGCUUGGCCUACUUCUUCUGGCAGUGCAUCAAACCCCGGCGGCGAUGGUGUCGGGGAACAGGCUGGCCUCUUGACGGUUGAGGAGAUAAUGUCGGAGCUGAAGGCCGUGGAGGUGUCAAGUCUCACAAGGGACGAUGCGUACGACCGUCUCUUGGCCCUCUGCUCGGCCGCUAACACGGCCCGGCUCCCCACACGCCCGGAGUCCGGUGAAACGAUCACCACUCCCACCACUCCCACCGCCGCCGCCGUUCCAACUGCGGCAACAAACGCGAUGAUGGACAACGCGCCAUCGCACCUCGAGUGCUUCCUGCGGCCUCUCAAGGGCUGGACCGGGGGCGCCGGCAUGGGGGGAGGCCGGGAAGUCGGCGGUGGCGGCGUGCCAGUGGUGCUAGUCGCCGACGACGUGUCCAGGCUGGAGUCCGCCCUCGAGGUGGUCGAUAGACAUGGCUACGUGAACACCAGCGAGGUUUACCUCUUCGAGGGCUCGCCGGUCAGUCGGACGGAUCUGGAGAACGCCGGCGUGCGCACUGCCAAGGCUGUCCUCGUCAUGAAAGAUUCCAAGAGCACGAGAUUCAACUAUGGAGGGUCGGGAGACCCGCUUCGCGAUGCUGAGGCUCUUGUAUCGUUCAUCAAGAUGGAGGAUGGUCUCCUGUCCGAAGACCAGCAUGUGGUGGUGGAGCUGGAAAGCUCAGCCAACGUCCGCUUCCUACACGCCCGCGCGGAAGCCAAGAGUCUGAGCGCCAUCGUCGCCCUGGGCGGCGCCGGCGCGGGCGGCGCGGCCGACGAGGCGCACUACCUGUGGCCCAAGUUCGCCGCCGGGAUGACCUACAACUCGUCCUUCGUCGACUCUAUGUUCGGACAGGCGUUCUACCGCCCCUCUAGGAUCGCACUUCUGAAUCGCCUGCUCCUCUUGGCCCGGGGGGAACAGCAGGAGCAACCGGGGAUGGCCUCGCGUUCCCCGCCACAGGGUCCAAAUCAAGGUGAGACCCGUUCUCCUUCGGAAACCGGGGCAUCACCAGGACUGGAGGGAGAUGGGCUGGGCAGGGAGUGCUGCCUGAGGCAGAUGGCCGUGCCGCCGAGCCUCCUCGGCCACUCGUUCGGGGAGAUGUUCCAACACUUGGCCGCUCCGCCGCUGAGGUGCGUGGCGUUUGCGCUUCUUCGCGCUCGAGGCACGCGCAACGCGCCCGAGCCAUACGUUUACACCGGCCCGAGGGCCGACACGGUGCUGCACCCGGGAGACAGGGUGUUUAUCCUCGGAAGACCGCCGGUGCUGUGAACGUCAUGGAUAGUACGAGAAAGGGGUUUGUGGUUGCCUGCCUGGACAUUGCUUGGUGUUUGCCUAAGGUUUGGGGGCGUUGGCGAUUUCGGUUUGAGGUGGCCUGGCUAGGGCGCAAAGAGUCGGGAGAGGUGGGUAGACGAGUCCAGAUUACCAGUGCACUUACAAUGGGUAGAACAGGCGGCCACGAACGGGAACGCCGGGGUGCAGAGAAUAAAAUCUAGACGGGUUGACCAGAAGGAAUGCAAGGGUGGAUCUGGGCGAGUGGGGGCCACAGCAUACGAUAAUGGUUCAAAUUUUGUCUCUCAGUGACUGAACAGCAGCCACACGUCGGUUGCCGUGGUCGUUCUGUGCAACAAAACUUUUGAUAUCGUUCAUUUUCGCGAAUUGGCGUUUUAGUAUGUUCGUGGUUUUGGAUUGACCGCAGGCCCCACGCCAGGAAAGCGCUGCUGAGAACUUUUUGGGGGUAUGACAAGGUAACAAAUGGAGUGACAAGUGAAUAAUUUUGAAUGAAUGUAUACAUUU